CACAUAAAAUCCCCUUUCAGCUCAUCCCUUCAAUCUCUCAAUCCUUCCCUCUCUCUCUCUCUCUCUCUCUCUCUCUCUCUCUUCCAACCCUACCUCUCUUCUAAACCCUAAAUUCCUCUUAAAAAUCCAAUAUUUCCUUUACUUUCUUCCUUUCCUCAACAAAAUGCCCAACCCCAUCAACCUCAAACGAAUUUUCCUCAAGAAAUGGAUCAUGGGUCUAAACCCCAUCACCUUCUCAAACACAACCAUGAACUUCUUAGAGAGAAAAAAGGCCAUAAAAGCCUCCUCCGACUUGGCCAUGGCUGCAACGAGAAACGGAGCGACUCGGUGGAGUCGAGCCAUCAUUGCCAAAUCCAUACAAGCUCCAACUGAGGCCAAGCUUCGAAGGAAGACCACGCUACAUAAGAUUGGUCGAAAAUUGGCUAGGAGGCACACGCACUCGUCAAGGUCGAGGUCCGUAGCAAGAUCAGUUGCUAAGAGAUUGGUUCAAAAAAGGACCAAAGUUCUAAGGAGUUUGGUUCCUGGGGGAGAGUUUAUGGAGGAUGAAGCUUUGUUGAUUGAUGAAGCCCUAGAUUACAUAUCAUUUCUUCGAGUUCAAGUUGAUGGAAUGCGGUUUCUUGCUAAUUGCAAAUGAGAAUUUCAAAUUCAUAAGUAUUCGAUAUUGUACAGGUGAAAAAAGUAUACCUUUAAGUGAAUUUAAAGUUUAUUUUUUUCUUUGUUAUAUAAUAUAUAUAUUUUCCAAUUUUAAUAUUGAUGUUUUGCAAUGAUUAAGUACCAAAAGACAAGAAGAAAGAUCCAUUUUGUAAAUGUGUCCAAAGCUUCUAAAGUUGAUUAUUUGGUUUCAAUUUGAC